UCUCUCUUAAAAAAACACUGUACUUUCUCCUCUUCUUUUGCUUCCAUUUGAGUUCUAAGUGAAAAUCAAACGGAUUUUGAUUUUGAUCUUCUCCUUACUUUCCGAUCCACCAAUCCCAUCAGGCUGUCAAGUGUUAACUGUGUUAAUUCCGAUGUCUCCGCCGCUGCUCGGUGUGGAGGGGGAAGGGGGUCUGAGUAAAAUAACUUUACUGGAUUCUCCAGGCUCGGUGGAUAGUGCGUGCCAGAAUAGUGCUGAAUUGAAGGAACGCAACUACAUGGGCUUGUCUGAUUGUUCUCCCAUGGAUAGCUCUAUUGUCUCCCUUGCAUCCGAGGAAAGCAAGUCUAGUUUGAAUCUGAAGGCAACCGAGCUUAGUCUUGGGCUUCCUGGAUCCCAGUUGCUCGAAAUAAAUCAGGAUCUUUGCUUGCUAAGCACAGCUCAACUCGAUGAGAAACCCCUUUUCCCUUUGCAUUCUUCAAGUGAUGAUCACUGCACUGCAUUGAAGAAGACUGUUGUAGUUUCAGGCAACAAAAGAGGGUUCUCCGAUGCAAUGGAUGAGUUCUCUGAGGGUAAAUUUCUUUCAAAUUCAAAAGUAAGUGUGAUGCCAUCAUCCAGGCCAUCUUCAAACUUGGGACUGAAAUCAGGUUAUGUGCUUGAGAACCUUGGGUAUCAACCAACAAAAACCAAUGAGAUCACGAACCAGAACGUGGCACAGGAUAGACCUUAUGCUGCUAAGAAUACCGUGCCCGAUCCUAAUGUGACUUCAAAUAAUAACAGUGAAGCACCAGCUAGCAAGGCACAGGUUGUAGGCUGGCCUCCUAUUAGAUCAUUCAGGAAGAACUCAUUGGCCUGUAAUUCCAAGAACACUGAUGAAGUAGAUGGAAAGGUAGGGCCUAGUGCUCUGUUUGUUAAGGUCAGCAUGGAUGGUGCUCCUUACUUAAGGAAAGUAGAUUUGAGAAACUACUAUAAAUAUCAGGAGUUAUCUUCUGCUCUCGAGAAGAUGUUCAGAUGUUUUAUCCUAAAUCAAUGUGGAUCUCAUGGAACCCCGGGUAGGGAGCUAAUGAGCAAAAGCAAGCUGGAGGAUCUGCUGCAUGGAUCAGAAUAUGUUCUUACUUAUGAGGAUAAAGAUGGUGACUGGAUGCUUGUGGGUGAUGUCCCAUGGGAGAUGUUUAUUGAUACCUGUAAUAGGCUAAGGAUUAUGAAAAGCUCUGAUGCCAUCGGACUUGGGAUCGGAGCUAGCUAGCACCAUAGAUGAUUUUGCUAACCACUGCAGCAGCCUUCAUGGAGAAGAUGUGGAAGCACUUUCGUGAUUAUUUCGAUCAGAUGAAAGGAUGCUGCAGCGGAUUGGAGAUCACAUUCAUCUAUUG